AUGACCCUCCCAUCCCCCGAGGUGCACCUCAACAUAACAGACCCCUUCAUUCCGAAGUUCGCCUCUCCCUUAUCGUCAGCUGGUGAGGACCAAGCCACCGGUCUCACACGCGAAGAAUACAAGAUCAAAUCCAUUGACGGCACCGAAUUGUCUCUUCCGGCCCUGAUCUACCUCCAUGACUAUGGCAUUCGCGGCUCACCCAUCGACGUCGGUACCGAGGAUCUGAACGAGCUCAACCGCAUUCCUAUCGCCCGACUCGGACCAGAGCCAUUGCACGACGUCGGCUGCGUUUUCCUGUGGGUGGAAUACCGUAUGGAGCAGAAGUCGGCAUUCUGGGCUCAGUGGCUGACGUCCUCGCAACAUUGCCAUGCUGGUACGGAUCGCGGCUGGCAGUUCGCAUGGUCAGCCACCCACAUCGCCAUCGACCUCGGCUUGCAGAGUCCCUGCGGUAUCAUGGCCCUCCACGCGAUGUUUGAUCCGAAGAUGUACCGGGAGACGAAAGGUGGAUUUGAGCCGCAGUUGCUCUGUCCUCCUCAUAAGCCGUUUCUCUCAGUGUUUGAUCCGAGGACGACCAGAGUUGGAUUUGAGCCGCAGUCGUUUCCUCGCUUCGACGAACAGCGUGAGCAGGUCGUCCGGCGCGGGCUGCGCGAGGGUUGGGAUGUUUUCUUGCGUCGGGUCGACUUCACCUGGUUUCCUGCAAUUGUGCGAAAGUACACAGGACAUUUGCGGUUGUCACGCGAGGAUCUUGCUCGACUGCCCCCCAUACUCCUGGACGUCAACUCAGGUGCCCUCUUCGGUGAUACGAUACACAACGCGCGCGAGGUGUUGGCGAAAGCCGGCGUCGUGGUGUUUGGGGGUGAGUAUGUGCCGUCAGCCCCCGGUACCAUGUGGAUCUGGACCAAAAACAACAAAGAGCAGCGCAGGACGGAGGGGAAGAUGUGGGAGGGUCGGCGCCAGUUCUUGGAGAAUAUUUGGAAGAAUUGA